UGUUUGUACAUAGUCAUUGUAGUACCUACAACUACUAGUUCUUCCUGUCGUUGUGCGCCUGCUACUUCGUGCUCGCAUGUACAUACUGUAUUGACUAUUGUACAACAUCGCUACGCGAACGCAACUGAGCCGCGCCAGCUAGCUAGCUAGCCAGGCCAGGCUUUGGAUAAUUCUGCUACAAUUCCGUCGUACAACUACUGAACUAGUCCUGUUCAAUGAGCGAGGACAGGGAUUUACUACACUGUCGGGUGCAAGAUCUGCACCAGUCCUGUUGACAGUGCAACCAUUACUAGCAUUACCGAGAGUAGUAUACAUUCGCGUGCUGCUGCUUGUGGCCACAAAGCGAGCACGAGUGUGAGUUUGUUGAUGGAUCCUGGCUGGUUUCCUCUCCUCACUUCCAGUGCCGCAGCUCGUCCCGCCGAGCUAGCCACUUCCACCAAAUGCCAUGUCUCCUGAUGGACAGCGAGCCCAUUCCAGAUUCGCGUUGCUCGUUUUGACUGUGGUGCUGGUGGCGACGGCGGACAACACAGCGUUCGCUGCGAAAUGGGCCGCGCAGGUCCGUGAGGAUGAUGGCGAGAGAAGUGCCGAGGUGGUGGCCCAGGACGUGGCCCGUGACUUGGGUUUCCUCUUUCACGGCAGUGUUGGAGCGCUCCACGACACCUAUGUGUUUUCUGAUCAUGAUGAGCAGGGAAACGGCGGCAAGGACGUGUCGGCGAUGGCAAGGAAGCGUAGAUAUGACUCUGCUGCGCCACCAGCUGCUCACGAAAAGGAGGAAACGUCAUCGACGGCGCAUCCUGCGCUGCGUGCCCACAAAGAUGUCGUGUGGCACUCCGAGCAACGACCUCUGGUCAGGAUCAAGCGAGGCUUCAAUGAUCCACUCUUCCCGGAGCAGUGGUACUUGGUGAAUACAGACCGGCCUGCUUACGACCACAACGUCACCGGAGUGUGGGAACAGAACAUCACCGGCGCUGGUGUGGUGGUCUCCAUUGUCGACGAUGGCUUAGAGAUGGAUCACCCGGACUUGGCGAGCAGUUACAACCCCAUGGGCAGCACCGACUUGAAUGCCAAUGACAACGACCCCAGUCCUCGUUAUGAUCGGAAGGAUACGAACCACCAUGGAACGAGGUGCGCUGGAGAAAUCGUUGGCCAGCCCAACAACUCGGUGUGCGGAAUUGGCAUUGCGUACGGAGCACAGGUGUCCGCCAUACGCAUCCUUGACGGCGAUGUGAGCGACAGCAUGGAGGCCGCAGCGUUCGGCUUUCAGCCGCACAUCAACCAUAUCUAUAGCUGCAGUUGGGGACCUGAUGAUGAUGGCAAGACUGUGGAUGGACCUCGGCCUUUAGCGAAGAGAGCAUUGAAGCAUGGAAUCGAUAAUGGCCGGUACGGACUGGGUAGUCUGUUUGUAGUGGCGUCGGGCAACGGUGGCAGACACCACGACAACUGUAACUUUGACGGUUACGCAAACUCCAUCUAUACGAUCACCAUCGGUGGAGUCGGUGAGGACAAUGAGGACCCAGCCUACAAUGAGCUCUGUGCAGCAACAAUGGCCGUGGCGUACAGCAGUGAUGGGCACAAGACCGGAAUGCGGGCAAUUGCCACCACAGACUUGCACCACUCUUGUACCACGGGCCACACGGGAACAUCAGCAGCCGCACCGCUUGCAGCCGGACUGUUGGCAUUGAUCCUUGAAGUUAGACCUUGCCUAACUUGGCGCGAUGUGCAAUAUUUGCUCAUGCUCACGGCCACCAAGAUCGACUCGACGGUGGGGUGGACCAAGAACGGCGCCGGUCUCCACCAUAGCUAUGAGCAUGGCUUUGGCCUGCUGACCGCAUGGAGAAUGGUACAGAGUGCCAAGACCUGGCGUCUAGUGCCGCCAAUGGAGUCCUGGGUCUCACCACGCAUCCUGCUACCGUUCGGCGGUCGCUUUCGCCCGGCCCGUGGCAAGAAGGUUCGAAGUGUAUUUGCAGUUCCGGAACUGGAUUUCAUCUCCACUUUGGAGCAUGUGGUGGUCCAGAUCCAUGUGUCCAUCCGUCGCCGUGGAGCUCUGCAGGUUAUCUUGACGUCGCCCCGCGGCACUGCCUCUGUCCUUGCAACACCACGCAUCCAUGACCACAAGACGCACGGCCUGCACAACUGGAACUUCUCCACGGUGCGCUGCUGGGGCGAGGACCCGCAAGGCAACUGGACGCUGACGGUGCAAGACACGGAUGAUGUGAAUCGUCACGGUCUUCUACACAACUGGCGUCUCACGUUGUACGGCACUCCGGAGACUACUGAGGACGUCGAGAGCAGGAAGCGGCUGAUUGAAACUUCGUGUGGUGGUGACGGACCGGAUAGCAAUGACGCGUUGGAAUGUCCACUGCUGCUAGGCAACUACACAGUUCCCAAGGUGGAGCUUGACAACUCAGACGACAACCCUGCAAGGGUCUACGCUAUUGUCUUUCUGGUAUUCAUCAUUGUGCUGUUGGCCUCCGUCAAGUUCAUUCUUUUAACGAUCUGCGUACCGCCACUGGUUCGCUGGUGGCGUGACAGAAGACGUGUACAAGGCGUGAGCACGGCCACCUUCAUGUCCUUGCACAGCGGGUCGGCAGUAAAGCGGAGCAGCACCGAUGCCCGUGGCAUCUACAGUAUUCUACAAGGCACACACGAUGACCUGGAGCCGGGUGGCGACUUCUCAUUACAUCGCACUGGCACUUAACAAUUACUCCCGGUGUUGUCAACCGUUCGUUCUACUCGUCUUGAGACCAGAAAGCUUGUGUGUGUGUGUGUGUGUGUGUGUGUGUGUGUGUGUGUGUGUGUGUGUGUGUGUGUGUGAGAGAGAGAGAGAGAGAGAGAGAGAGAGAGAGAGAGAGAGAGAGAGAGAGAGAGAGAGAGAGAGAGAGAGAGAGAGAGAGAGAGAGGAGAGACUUACCUUCUAAUGAAACCACUGAGCCAGUCCUCCAGCUAAGCACCGCACACUCCGGCUUUUCUGAUGCCGAGCUCGCACUCCGGAACACAAGCACACGUCGCAGGAGCCAAGUUGAAUUGUGCCUCUGGCCACUACUUCUGAAGCCUUGGAGUGAGAGCACUCCACAGCUUCCUGUCAAGGUGGCCGGCAUAUUCAGCUCCAUCACCCUCAUCCUAAUGUAAGCGGGUCCGUGCAUGCACGCACCUUUCGGCUAGCAGUGCACAGGUCCGAUGUGAGUGCAGGCGCUGCUGGCUAUGCAGCGCCAAUGUUACUAGAGACAGCAGCUCGUGUAGAACUCCCCAGGUGAACUUUAUAACAUUGAAUAUAAUUAUAGAAAUGCAGCCCCAUAUUUGCCAGAUCUCUUGAAACCAACAUACGCGUACACUUAAAAAAACAUUAUUCUAAGCAGAAAGACAAAUGUAACCAUACCACAGGAUAUCAUGCUAGGUCCAUAUAAUAAUAAUUAUUAUUAUUAUUAAUAUUUUAUUCUUUUACUUGUGACUCUAUCUCCAGACAUCUAGAUUCUAGGUUAUUUCAUGAUACAAAUUAGAUAUAUUUACGAAGAGUUGAGUUUUUAUUUCGCUGGACUUGACCCCACAGCAGCAUUAGUUAGGGUAGUGAUAAAUUUAGCACUAGUAGAAGCUUUAGGUUUGGCUUUCCCAAUAUUUUCCACCAGUGCAAUGCACAACUUGUAAUCCCGACGUAUUCUUCUUCAUCGUUC